ACAGGACACCCUUGUGAUGUCCCUGUAUUUUAAUAUCUGUAAAUAUGAAGGCUUAUAAGCGAGUGGAAGCUGCCCAGAAGGACCCUGGAGAGGAGCCUAAACACAAUCUACAACUGGGGGAGUGGAUCCUGAUUUGUGAGUUUCGGAGGAAACAUUGCCUCGCACCUCGUUGGAAUUGGCCUUUCCAGAUACUCAUAGUGACCACAACGGCGAUCUGAGUUGCUGAGAGGAAGACGUGGAUACAUGCCUCACAGUGCAAACGUGUAGGACCCCCGGCGAGCUCCACACUGUAUGAGUUCCCCAGGUUUACCAUCCCACAGCUUCAUCUUUGUAAGGACCCCGUGACAGGUCGUUGGGAGAAGAUUGACAACGAAACCGAAGACUGUUCCUGGGAUGAGCAAGCCAAAUAAACUCCCAAUGUAAGGAUGCUCAGGUGUGGUGUUGCUCUUUUGGGCAACCUAAGGCACUGACCUUGGAGCUUGCUAAAUGGGCUCAGGUGCCUGAACACCCCCUGGAGGCAUUUCGUCCUUCAGAAACUAGAUAAUUUACUUUGUUAAUUUGCCACCUUAAUUGAUGCGCUAUGGGAGCUAGGAUUAUUUGUUUGUUUGUUUGUUUAUUUGAUUUAUUAGUCGCUCAUCUGGCUGGUACCCAGUCACUCUGAGCGACGUACAAAGCAAAAACAUAUAAAACAUCAAGAACAUCAAAAACUCAGCAAUAAAACUAAAUAAUAACAUAGAAACAACUCAGUUACAAUAAGGCUUCUCAUCUGUAUAGUUCAAAAAGUGCGCCUUCAGGUGGAAACUCCUGAUGUAAGUCUUCCCACCCCAGCACAAGACUGGUGUGGGUGAUAGUCCAUUUGCAAGACCGAAAAACAACACCCCCUCUUGAUCUCAUUAUCCAGUACUUUCAGCGGAGAGUGGGGCGCGGCAAACAGACCCCUUGAAGUUGCUACUAAGAGGGAGGUUUUCUUCAGAGAAGCCAAAAAUGAACUAGGAUGUAAGCACGGCCGAUAUCAAGGCGAAGCAGAGAGAGGUCGGAUGGUAAAAUAGCGGCGGCUGCAGGGACACUCUCCCACCCUAAGCAGUCACCGAAAGAACAUCUCAACAGUGCGUCAUCUCCCAGGGACAGGUUGCAGUGCCAGGCCCGCUGAAAGGCCGUGUAAUGUUCCUCCCACCGGCACCACCUGUGAUACUCCCACCCGUGGCUACCAGCAGUCAGAAUCACACUUUUUAUUUUUCUUUAGCUCACCCUAGCACAGAUCUCACAAGAUCCCACUGCUAGGCACUCCCUGUAAACAAUACUGCUAGAGACUUCGCCUUAGUCUCCCUAUGGCUUGUUACUUUGGGUCUGGGUGCCCUUGCUGUCCACAACCCCCUUGUAUCUUUGUCUAUAAAGCAUACAAUCUUGGGUUGCUCUGGAUACUUGACGAUGUUACAAUAUCUCCCUUCACCGCUGCUACCAUUUAUUUGAUACAGUUUCCCUCCAGCCUUGGUAAUUACCCUGCCCUCCCUUCUGGUCUGUGUAUCCCCAGCCAAGGAUCAGGCUUUUGGUAAACCAAUAAAAGUAUUUAUUUGAUAACACCAGGAAAUAACAAGAUUACUUUAGGAAUGUUCAACAAGCGUAUGGUGUCAUAUAGUGUCACUCUUUAUGUUUCCAGUCAUAUAUAUUCUGCCUAAAUACCAGCCAAAUAUAAUCCAACCCACAACCAACCGCCAACAACUCCCUCACAAAACAGAACCCUGAACCAACUGUCAUCCUCUCAUUUAUACCUUCAGCCACUCAAACGCUCAAUCAUCAUACAGCAUUCUCCAGCAUUCUCACCCAUGUACUCCCCCCUCUAACUCAAUCCACUUAGCAUAUAUACCUUAAUAAACCUGCACUUACCAUAUUUACAGUCAUAAAAAUACAGGGGCAUCACAGGCCGCAGCCCCAGCCCAUCUCCUGCUCCAGCCCGGCUCGACGCCCCUAUUCAAGAAGAUAGCGGCGGUGGCCUGGCAGAGACGUAAGCACCAUGCCGCGUCCUGGGCCAUACCGACAGCUGGUGUCCCGGUCCAGUACGAGGGAGACGGCAUAAAGAGGGAGGAGGCUGCCCCGUAUUUCCAAUAUGUUGUAGCCUCCGGCAAGGGGGAAGAUGAAGAAAAUUACUCCAUAAAAGCCGUCAAUGAUAGAGCUCCCUCGUUUUAUUUCAUCUUAUAAAUAAGGUUAAAUCUAGGGCAUAUAAGUUCCUUUACCUGGCACUUAUAGACUUUUCAUCAGCCUUUGACCUAAUCGAUAGAGACCUAUUGUGGCAGAAAUUAUCACUUGCAGAUAUUGAUAUGAGAUUACUACAUCAGAUCCAAUCCCUCCACCAAGGAAAUCGGCUAAGGGUCCGUCUUGGCCCCAAUGGCGCACUUUCUCACGAAAUCCCAGUUGGCCGAAUUGUUAAACAAGGCUGCAUCCUGGCCCCCUUUUUGUUUAAUUUUUUCAUUAACGACCUUAUCUCUAUUAUGGCCUCCCCCAAUUUUUCCCCCCCUGCGGUAGGAAAUAGAAAGAUAGCGUCCCUGCUUUAUGCAGAUGAUUUGGUAUUGUUGUCCCAAAAUAGAAUUGGAUUAAAGAGAAUGCUUUCUCGAUUGGAAGAAUACUGCGAGACCCAUCACCUUCUAGUAAACUAUACUAAAACCAAAAUAAUGGUUUGUGGGAGGUACAGUAGGACGAAAUCCAUUUGGUUCUUAAAUGGCCAUCAACUAGAACAAGUUAGUACCUUUAAAUAUUUAGGUAUUUGUAUUAAUAAUAAUCUCUCUUGGUCCUCCCAAUUAGAAAUGAUUAAGCUGAUGACAUUAAGAUCAAAUGGCCAACUAAAGAAGUUUUUCUACUCGCGUGGUGGCCAGCUUUUAGGCCCAAUGUUAAAAAUCUACACUGCCAAAUUACUUCCAAAAAUUCUGUAUGGUGUAGAGCUCUGGGGCCACUCGGUUAAAAAUAAACUUGAAGUUCUCCAAAACCAAUUUAUGAAGCAAAUUUUGGGUCUUUCUAAGGGUACUCCUGCAGCCCAUUUAAGGGCGGAACUGGGCCUCCUGUCCCUGGCUGCCAGGAUUGAUCUGGCCUUUCUAAGAUAUUGGAAAAGGUCCAGAUCUCUGGAUGAUUCCUCCCUCAUAAAACUCUGUUGGAACGACCCGCAGGGAGUGAAUGACUGGGGGGAAAAAACACGGAGUUAUUAUCGUUUUACGAUCUUACUCCAACUAAGUUCCUAAGCCUCUCUUCCUCUGAUCUUCAAAAUUGGAUCUUCAAUCACGAUGCAUAUCAGGAUAGAGCCUCAAUUGUGGCAGCUUCUUUCUCCCCGUGGUUCCCUCAAAUAAAACUUAAUCAUGUUCCACCAUCUUAUUUUAAUACUCUGACUCGUCCUCCGUUACGAAAAGCUUUUACGGAGCUGAGGUUUCAAGCCAUGCCUACUGCCAUUUUAGAGGGCCGAUAUAAGGGAAUCCCGUUCGCAAAUCGGUUAUGCAUUUUUGGUUGUAUGGCCCUUGAGGACUUAAUACACUAUAUGUUACUCUGCCCUCUGUAUCUUCAUCCUAGAGGAAAAUUUCUGGCUCCUCUUUCAUGCUUUUCCAACGGUCUU